AUGACUACCUUCACGCGCCAGCCAUUUGGUGAGCUUGGCUCAUCGCGUUUGCAGGCGCUACAGAGCGCAAAGAACAAGCAGAAUGCCAUCUCGCCCAGCUUCGCGUCCCCAUUGAAGCCAUCACCCACAGCAGCCACCGGCAAACGCCAGCGCGCACCUGAAAUCUUCCAAGACGACAGCAGCUCCGAAAACAUAGACCCAGCGCUAUUUGGCUCGCCCGCCAAGAAAUCGAGGACCUUCAGUCACGCUGGAUUCAUCAAGCCCGCCAAACCCUCUCUGUUCCUGUCGCCUGCCAAGGCACACUCAAGUUCCACACCCAGUUCCAGCUCCAGCCUCACCGCUACCCCCACUAUCCCCUCAAUCCGCAACGCCCUCUCCUCCCCCAACACCGCAAGGUCCACUCCCAUCAGCACCAGCCGAGGCUCCCCAAAGAACAAGCGCAUCCACGCCAUCUCUAAGCGCCGCGCCUCGAGCUCACCCUACCGCCGCCUCGACCCUCCCUCUUUCUCCGCAACCAACACCCCCGCCAGCAACCUACCCUUCUCCAUCGACGCUGCCCUCAGCGGCAGCAUCCCUACCUACACGCCCAAGGCCGCUUCUGUAGUCUCCACUCCCAUGUCCGCACCCCAGCAUGGACACAUGUCCAACAGCGUCGAAGAGGCCAUGCCCAAAUCCUGGUUCUUCGACAUACACGAAGAUACACCCGAGCAAGAGGCUGCCAACCACAUGGAACACUCUGCCUCUGUCCUCGACAUCAGCUCCGACGACGACGUCGAGAUGAAGAAACUAAAUGAGGAUCUCGAACGUGGAAAAGAGAAUAUUCCGCCGCCCGAGUGGGUCGUUGCGCAGCAGGCACGUGUACAGGCACAGACCUCCAUGUCCAUUGCUGGCUCGGACAAGAUCGAUGCUGAGGAACCAGUGAAGCGACCUCGACUGAAGACGUUUAUCCAAGAUGCCAUGGAAGAGGACCGGAAACCGCUUGGGGAUUUACCACCCAGCGAAUUUUACGGUGAAGGCUGUGAUGCAUCGACUUACGUCACGGUGGAUGCAGGCAUGGAGAGACCAUCUGGAUUGUCCCGAGAGUGCGAUUUCAGCGUUGCAGUCGACGAAGAGGACAAGGUCGACGAGACACCAGUUGUCGAGCCUACCCUCCUUGUCGAAGAGCACACUGCCAACCCACCUGCCUCUGAGAAGAUUGCCCCUGGCGAAAACGAAUCCCAUGUCGCUGUCACUACAUGCACAUCGCAAGACCCUGUCGCACAGACUCUCGACACGACAACUCCCUCGUCACCCCAGGAAACAUCCAACCCUGACUCAUGA